AUGGACUGUUUACCCGGCGGGAGAUAUCCGGGAUCAGCAAAAAGAACUGCAAUAUUAAUGCGGAGUACUUUGUCCGAAAUGAUCAACUCAAAAGCACCUCACCUCGAUACUCUCCCUGCCCGGUGUGCCUUCAGGCGUCUGGGGGUCAACAAAAGCCGUGUGUGGCGUCAGCCCGGCAACACCCUUCUUCCCACCAGGCAACCGAUCCCCCCAGGAGUCAAAGCACUUGAUGAAAAUGGCCUCCCCGGGCGUCAUAUCCUUGAUGUAAUACAACUUGUGCGACUCAUUGGGCAGUACACCAUAUGUCUCACCCUUGACUUCAUACCCCUCAAGCGAGUCGAGUGUUUCCUGGGACGGCCGGACUUCCUUGCCUCUGUCGUCGUCAUCCCCGUCGUCACGCUUGGGGUAAACCACGAAAUCUUCAGGGGCAGUGGUGCGGUAGUCGAUCACGGCGAGGGGAAAGUCGGUAGCGGGGUGGCGGAUGGGUCUCCAGACGUUGAUGAGCUGGUAGCGCUUUUGGAGAAGGGCAUCGGCUUCUUCCUUGGGAGUCACAUGUCGCCUGACUCUGGCCUCGGCAGCUUUGGGUGUCUGAUCAACGUGGACUUGCUGGACCGGCUGGCGGGCGGCGCCGGGGUCGUGCCUGCGGAUGGUGUGGUCAAAGAUCUCGAUGCGCUUGAUCUUUUGGCCGCUGUGCUGGAGUCUUUCUCUCAGGAGGGCUUCCACCUCAGCGUAGUAUUUGGUGCGGACGGUCUUGUCGUCCUCGAAAUCUUCUGGGGUGGUGGCGGAUUGGGAGCGGUAGACUGCGAAGCCGGCUACGUCGAUGUCGGCACCAAAGGAGCCAACUUUGGAGUGGAUGUCUAG